AUGGUCUAUGACCGUUCUUCUCAUAUAUGUGUAAUGCACACAGUAUCCAAGUCGCUUAUUGGUGUUUGGGUAGCACCAAUGGUAUUCGACCUGAUGGCUCUCGUAUGUAUCGUCAUGAACACCCUCAGUCGCCCUAGGAGAGCCGAUUUGCUGCUUUACAAGGCUCUUCGCUCCGAUGGUAUCAUCUUCUUUGCUACCUUUGCUUUUCUGCACGCCUCAAAUCCUAACUAUAUUUUCAUGACUGUGUUUUUUGUUUGUCCUGUGACAAACGUUAGCCUAAACCGUUUACUCUUAAGUGUUGGGUGCUUGCAGAAAUAA